GAGCGGCAGCCUGUGAUUGGUGGUUACCAUGGUGCCCAGGCCAUCGUCAGGGGAACUGUGGGGGCUCCACCUGAUGCCCCCCCGGAUCCAGGUCGACUGCUGUUUACCCAAUGGGAUGCUGGUGAGUCUGGAGUGUCUGAGGGAGACUCCUCUGAUCGACAUAAAACAGCAGCUGUUCACAGAGGCCAGGAAGUACCCCCUCUACCACCUCCUACAGGAGGAGUCAUGCUAUAUCUUUGUGGGCGUGACACAGGAAGCAGAGAGGGAGGAGUUUUAUGAUGAAACGCGGCGUCUAUGCGACCUGCGUCUCUUCCACCCGAUUCUCAAAGUCAUCGAACCCAUCGGCAACAGAGAGGAGAAGAUCCUGAACCGUGAGAUCGGCUUUGCGAUCGGCAUGCCGGUGUGUGAGUUCGAGCUCUUGAAGGAUGCAGAGGUGCAGGAGUUUCGGAGGUCCAUACUGAGCGUGUGCAGAGAGGCUGUGGAGGAGCGGGAGGCAGGGGGCGCUCACUCCCAGGCCCUGUACGUCUACCCCCCCAACGUGGAGACGAGUCCGGAACUGCCCCUGCACCUGUACCAGCGCUUGGACCAGGGCCGUCUGAUCGUUACCAUCUGGGUCAUUGUGUCACCGUCCAACUCCAAACAGAAGUACACGCUCAAGGUGAGCCACAGCAGUCUUCCAGAGCAGCUGAUCGCUGAGUCCAUCAGGAAGAAGAGUCGCUCGAUGCAUCUGUCGCCACAGCAACUGCGCCUGUGUGUACAGGAGUACCAGGGACAGUAUAUACUCAAGGUGUGUGGAUGUGAUGAGUAUCUGCUGGAGAAGUAUCCACUGAGUCAGUACAAGUACAUCCGCUCGUGUCUGUCUGUGGGGCGUCUUCCUCACCUGAUGCUUGUGUCCAAAGACUCUCUUUACUCUCAGCUCCCGUCCUCAGGCUUUGUCACGCCAUCAUACAGCCGUAGGACUCCUCAGCCCUCCCCUUGUCCCUCUGGUUCUGGUUCUGACUCGAUCCGGUCUCUGUGGGCCUUUAACACUCUGCUGAGGAUCAGACUCCUCUGCGCCACGUACGUCAACGUCAACAUCCGCGACAUCGACAAGAUCUAUGUCAGAACGGGCAUCUAUCAUGGAGGAGAACCUCUGUGUGACAACGUCAACACCCAGAGAGUGCCCUGCUCCAACCCCAGGUGGAAUGAGUGGUUGACCUAUGACCUCUCCCUGUGUGAUCUCCCUCGCUCGGCCCGACUCUGCCUCUCCAUCUGUUCCGUCAAAGGAAGAAAAGGAGCUAAAGAGGAGCACUGUCCUUUGGCCUGGGGAAAUGUGAAUCUCUUUGACUUUAAAGACGUUCUGGUAUGUGGGAAACUGGCUCUGAGUCUGUGGCCCGUUCCUCAUGGCCUCGAAGAUCUGCUCAACCCCAUCGGCACGGCAACCUGCAACCCCAACAAGGAGUCCCCGUGUCUGGAGUUGGAGUUCUCAUGGUUUCAUCAGACCGUCGUGUUUCCAGACGAGACUCAGAUCGAAGACCACGCCCACUGGACCAUCAGCCGCGAGCUCGGAUACUCCCCUGGACUGAGGGGCGUGGCCUGUGAGGGCCUAUCAGAGGCGGAGGUGGAGCAGUUGAAGGUUCUGGGGUCUCGAGAUCCUCUGUACGAGUUGUCGGAGCAAGACAAGGACUUCCUCUGGAGGCACAGACAUUACUGUGUGAACUUCCCUGAGUCUCUGCCAAAGCUGUUGCUGUCGGUCAAAUGGAACUCCAGAGACGAAGUGUCACAGAUGUACUGCCUGCUGAAAGAGUGGCCUCUCAUUGAACCAGAGUCGGCUCUGGAGCUGUUGGACUGGAACUUUCCGGAUCCUGUGGUUCGAGAGUUUGCUCUGAGGUGUUUGGUCCAAGGCCUGAGUGACGACAAACUGUCCCAGUAUUUACUACAGCUAGUACAGGUGUUGAAGUAUGAGAUGUACCUGGACAACCCUCUGGCUCGUUUCCUGAUCAAAAAGGCACUGACCAAUCAGAGGAUUGGACACUUCUUCUUUUGGCACCUCAAAUCAGAAAUGCACAACAAAACCGUGUCCCGACGCUUUGGGCUCCUCCUGGAGGCCUUCUGCCGUGCCUGCGGCAUGUACCUGAAGCACCUGAACCGACAGGUGGAGGCGAUGGACAAAUUGGUGAAUCUGACGGACACGCUCAAACAGGAGAAGAAGGACGAGACACAGAAGGUGCAGAUGAAGUUCCUGGUGGAGCACAUGUCUCGUCCUGAUUACAUGGAGGCACUGCAGGGCUUUGUGUCGCCGCUCAACCCAGUGCACCAACUCGGAUCUUUGAGGUUGGACGAGUGCCGGAUCCUGUCAUCAGCGAAGCGCCCCCUGUGGCUGAACUGGGAAAACCCCGACAUCAUGUCCGAGCUUCUGUUCACCAACAACGAGAUCAUCUUCAAGAACGGAGACGACCUCAGGCAGGACAUGCUGACGCUGCAGAUCAUUAAAAUUAUGGAGAACAUCUGGCAGAACCAGGGCUUGGACCUCAGAAUGCUUCCGUACGGCUGCCUGUCCAUCGGAGACUGCGUGGGGCUGAUUGAAGCGGUGAAAAACAGUUACACCAUCAUGCAGAUCCAGUGUAAGGGCGGCCUCAAGGGGGCGCUACAGUUCAACUCCAACACUCUGCACCACUGGAUCAAGGAGAAGAACAGAGGAGAGGCGUACGAUCGGGCCAUCGACCUCUUCACUCGUUCGUGUGCUGGUUAUUGCGUCGCGACGUUCAUCCUCGGCAUCGGCGACCGUCACAACUCCAACAUCAUGAUCAAAGAGAACGGCCAGCUCUUUCACAUCGACUUUGGACACUUCUUGGACCAUAAGAAGAAAAAGUUUGGUUACAAACGCGAGCGCGUUCCCUUCGUCCUCACGCAGGACUUCCUCAUCGUCAUCAGCAAAGGAGCUCAAGAGUCUACGAAGACCAAGGACUUCCAGAGGUUCCAGGAGAUGUGUUACGCCGCGUACUUGGCGAUCCGCAGUCACGCGUCGCUUUUCAUAAACCUGUUUUCACUGAUGCUCGGCAGCGGGAUGCCCGAACUCCAGAGCUUCGACGACAUCGCCUAUCUGAGGAAAACCCUGGCCCUCGAGAAGACCCAGCAGGAGGCGCUGGAGUACUUCAGUAAACAAAUGAACGACGCUCACCACGGAGGCUGGAGCACCAAGAUGGACUGGAUCUUCCACACCAUCCGACACAUGCCCAACGAGCACUGA